AUGUUCUUCAUUUUGGUAAUUUCUUUUGUUCUAACCUGGUUAGUCGUAAGACAAUACCAGAAAGUGUCCCGUCUUCCACCUGGACCAGUUUCUCUUCCUCUAAUUGGAAAUUUACCCCAAAUUGUGUAUUAUCUCUGGUCAACUGGGAGUGUUGUUUCUACUUUGGACUUGUUCAGAAAACGAUAUGGAAACAUUUUCACAUUGUGGGUUGGUCCAAUCCCUCAUGUCAGCAUUGCCGACUACGAAACUGCUCAUGAAGUUUUUGUGAAAAAUGGCAACAAAUAUGCAGACAAGUUCCAUGCUCCCCUGUUCCAAGAAAUCAAAAACGAUCGAGGAGUGGUGGUAACAAACGGCGAUCAUUGGCAAGAGUUGAGGAGAUUUGCGUUGCAAACAUUAAGAAACAUGGGUGUUGGGAAGGAUGUCAUGGAAUUGAAAAUUGUUGAGGAAUUGAAUGCAAGAUGCGCUGACAUUGACGAAGCCGCUGUGAAUGGAGUCACCACCACACAAGCCUCUGAAUUCUUCGAUUUAACAGUUGGAAGUAUCAUCAAUAAUAUUCUAUUUGGAAAACGAUUCGAUAAAAAUACGAAAGGAGAGUUUUUGAAAAUCAAAAACGCCUUGGAUUCUGCUUUCGAACUGUUCACCCCGUUCGACAUGACUGUGCCCAUCUGGGUGUUGAAGACAUUCUUUAGCAAACGUUAUAAUAAUCUGAUCACUAUGACUGAUGAAACCACGAGCUUCGUGGCCAAAGAAGCUGAGACCAGAUACGCUCAAACGAAAUCAGGGCAAUAUUUUAUCGAUGAGAACAACAUUCAAGACUAUACUGAUGCAUUCCUGUUAAAAAUCCAAAAAGAUGGAGAGAACAAAGAUUUCAAUAUCGAGACUCUCAAAACUAUGAUCAUUGACUUGUGGAUUACUGGACAAGAGACUACAACAACAACGCUAAUUUCGGGAUUCAACCAGCUACUCUUACAUCCUGAAGUUAUGGAAAAGGCUAGAGCAGAACUCAUGAAUAUCACUGAAAACGAAUCUCGUGACCUCAGCUUAUCCGAUAGACCCAAGACACCAUAUCUAAACGCGAUGAUCGCAGAAAUUCAACGCCACGCAUCAAUCCUGAACAUCAACUUCUGGAGAAUCAACCAUGAACCAACCUAUAUGGGAGGACAUAUGGUUGAUUCUGGAACAUUUGUCACCGCACAACUCAGCGCUCUCCAUAUCAACGAAACAGUUUUUGAAAAUCCCCAAAAAUUCGAUCCAGAAAGAUUCAUCCGCGAUGAGUCACUUCUUCAGAAAGUUAUACCGUUUGGGGUUGGAAAACGUGCAUGCCUGGGGGAGUCGCUGGCUAGAUCCGAACUGUACUUGAUUUUCGGAAAUCUCUUGCUUCGUUAUAAUUUCAAGCCGCACGGAAAACUGUCGACUGUUGAAGUGCUACCGUACAGUUUUGUCAAGAGACCAUUCAAGCUUGAAAUGCAAUUCGUGAAGAUUUGA